AUGUCUUCAACCGUUGAAUAUUGUCUAAAACAUCGCUCCACAGCUGAGAUUAACACGUAUCCUGAUUCUCCUGCUAAUGGCGCGUUCUCAGAACUCCUUCUCCCUGCUAUUAUAGUGCUGAACAAGAGAUAUUACCCUAAUAAACAUGGAUCCGCAGCUACAGUGGGAACUGAGGCGUUAUCGAUGUCCGUCGUACAGGCAUUCAAGAGCAUGAAGGUCUUUUGUGGCAUCAUCCUCUACCAAAGGGACGAGACUAUUGAUGAACCAUCCAUAACCAUCCAAGUUAUUAACUUCAAUCCAUGUGCGAUACUCGCGUUCAAUUUUAACAUGAGCACCCCUAGCGUAGAAAAGGCCAUGGCUCUUGCCGCUAGCACUCUCAUGGAGAACUCUGGCUUCGAAGGCACUCCCAUGCUCUAUCAUCAGACAGAUACCCUUCUGGAAUAUCAUCCCUGUGAUUUGCCAUUUUGUGUCACUCAUCAUGCCCCAUUCCAUCGGCAUUUCUCUGAGGUUUUCUCUGAGGAAAUGGCAGCUCACGCGUACGGGGAUGCAGGCAAGGCGGAGCACCUGGCACGAAAGCAAGAAAUAGGGUUAAAGCUUCUCAAGCGCCGGGGAGAUGGCCACGUGCUGCAGAUUUCACGUUUACAGAGGAAGCUUCUCUUGUCUUACGGGGUGAACGCAGCGAAGAUCAGGGAGAUAUGUCCUUCCAUCCAACUCUCUAAUCCAAGCUACCAUGUCGAGAGCGAAAUUGCGGAGAUAUUCAACACCGACCGGAUUACGCUGUUCACGGCAGUUGCUCGAGUUGAUUACUUCAAGAAUGUUGAUCUCCUCGUUGAUGCAGCGGUAGCUUUGUGGUCACAGAAUGUCGCUGUGAGACUCUUUAUCGCCGGAGGUGCCAGCAUGGACAGCGUCGAGCUCCACGAACUGAGCAACAAAGUUCCCAGGCAGUUCGCUCAGUAUGCAACUUUCAGAUCCAAACUAUCUCGAACAUCACUUCAUGCUCUGCUCCGCCUUGCAAAGGAUAGGGGGGUUUUCAUCUGUACCUCUCGCUAUGAGACACUGGGAGUCACACCCUUGGGGGCAGCCCUAAGCGGGGUGACCACGCUCAUCGCCGAUUCAGGUCACGUUGAGGCGUCAAGAUAUUUUCCAGAGAGAUAUCGUUUUCGGCCAGUCAAAGAGGAACUAUGUCAAGUGAUUUCAAACUUACAAAGUCGAAAUUUGGCGUCUUUGGGAGAGGUGCUUCGAUGCCAUGUGGAAGCUCACGUCUCCGAUCAACGAUUCCAGAUGGACUUGUAUAAUGCUUGGGCAGAAUUUUCGCUGCAGUCGAAUCCUAUGCACCUCGAUGACUCCCAUGCCAGGGCAAUGAAUUGA